UGUGCGACGCGAGGCCAGGAGCAGAGGGAGAGACGCGCAAUCCCCUACGCGACCAAUAGCGUUUGUUUUCAUCGGCUGUCAUGGCCUCCGCAGAAGGAGAGGUACACUUGAAUCCGCCCCGGGAUCCCGCUCCGCCGAAGGAUUAUUUCGAAGAGCCGGUCGGAGAGGUCUUGAGGGGUUCCCUACGUUCCCUGCCUCGGCUGAUUGGACAGUUUAACCUCGAGGAAGAUGUGGUGAAAAUUAACAUAAACUGGGAGAAAUUUCGAGGCAUGUCACUACCGCAACCUAAAUUGCUCCUUACUGCUCUUCAGCAGCAUAUUUCCUCUUUACAGCUUUUUGUGGAAAAACUUCAGCCUUUGAUUAAAGAAGAAAAUACUACGCCCAUUUAUAAUUUUAGUAAGACAGAACAUGGACAUUUCAAAAGUAUUUCAGAUGCAAAAGAUAAAGACCUACAGAAAGAAAUGAAACAUACAGCCAGUGACUCUGCAAAUCUGAAAGAAGCUCCUUUUGGUUUUGACCCAGAAGUAGUUCAGAUAAAAGCUGGGAAAGCUGAAAUUGAAAGACGAAUAUCGGCCUUCAUUGAAAGGAAACAAGCUGAGAUCAAUGAAAAUAAUGUCAGAGAAUUUUGCAAUGUUAUGGAUUGUAAUCAAGAAAACAGUUGUGCUAGAACUGAUGCAGUGUUUACACCUUAUCCAGGUUUCAAAAGUCAUGUGAAGGUUUCUCGAGUUGUAAAUACUUAUGGACCUCAGACUAGAAGUGAAGAUGCCCAGGUUUCCAAUCAUAAUGCCAGUCAUUCUCAUGAUUGUGGAAAUCAAGCAAUAGAAGAGAGACUACAGAACAUUGAAGCACAUUUAAGGUUACAAACAGGUGGACCAGUGCCAAAAGAUAUUUAUCAGAGGAUAAAAAAGCUUGAAGAUAAAAUUCUUGAAUUGGAAGGGAUGUCUCCUGAAUAUUUUCAGUCUGUGAAUUUGUCUAUGAAAAAAAGAAAAAUUCAACAAAAUCAAAACUAUUCUCUGGCUGAACUUGAUGAGAAGAUCAAUGCACUCAAACAAACAUUGCUGAGAAAAACAAAUGAAGGGAGGCCCAAAGUGGUGGACCUGAUUGAGGGGAAUGAGAUUGAUCCCAAAACGUCUUUGAAGGACUGAUGUUGAAGUUACCACAUUCAAACUUCGAUGAAAACUACUUUCAUUAUGAUCUGCCAUGUAAAAAUGUGUUCUUUUCUUCAACAAUUGAUUACAGUGAGCAGCAUUGACAUAUCUUGCCAUCUCCAAAAUGUGCCUUUUAUUCUUCUUGCAGAUUUCAGUAAAAUGAAGCAGGCCAUAUAUCAGUGGCUUGUAACUAAUGCGUUCAUACCUGCGUUCAGAUAUGUCACAAUUAUACAAGAUUGAAAACAAAAUCCAUCCCCAUCCCAAACACCAAGUUUCUCUUUGUAGUGUUUUAGAGAGAAAAAGGGCAAAUAAUUCAACCGGGAGAGUUUUUGAGGCAAGCAUGCUCGUAUUUGUGGCAUCUGUUUGUUAUUUCCAUCUGAUCUCCGUAGGAUUGAGUGGAUAAUAAUCACAGCUAGUAUAGCAGCUCUUUAAUCAAAUUACUUCCAGGCUAAGUUCAAGGUGCUGCUUCUCACGCCUAAAGCCUUAGACUUUUUGGGUGCAAUAUAUCCAAGGUGAUACCUCAUCCUCUUACGUAUUUCUCUAAUUACUGAAUACCCCCUUCCCCACAGCUUUUGUUGCAAGUUUGGAGGCUAAAUGACAUUCAUAGAUAUAUCAAGUUAACCGAUUAAGCUCCCCAUCAAUAAAUAAUCGGAGACGAAUCUUUACGGGAGACUAUCAGGACAUGUUAGGACUACAUACUAGAUUAGAAAGUUAAGAAAAGGAAAACAUGACACCUGGAAUCAAACUCAACUGGAGUGUGUCAUUGCAAACAAUAAGUGUUGCUGUUUCAUUCUCUUGGAAUUUAUUACUGCUUGUGGUAUUCACACUGUCCAAAAGUUUGGCAUCUAUCUGCAUUUUAGGACAGUCUUUAUCUGAUCAACAUUUCUACCCAAAAUCAGUGGUGCCUAGACGUUUUACCAUUGCACAUGUUACCUUUUUGACUGAAUAGCUGUGACUAUGCUAGAAAAAAUAUAGCUGAUUGUAUUAAUUCUUGGUCUGGCAAACUUCCAAGUUAAACAUGUUAUAAAUGUAUUACAGUAGUCCUCGAGAUAUGAGUAUAAUUGAACCUAAAAUUUAUGCUGCUAUGUGAAAUUUGUUAAGUGAGUUUUGCCCCAUUUCACAACUUUUCUUGCCAUUGUUGUUAAAUUAUUGUGUUUGUUAA